ACACACGUCACACACGAAUGGGGAUUACACGGAUCUGUUCCAACUUUUAAAGGCUGCAUCAUCCGUGCGCUAGAGGAAAACAAGCAUAGAUCCGAAGUGUUACGGCCACUUACAGCGACGAUUGGAGUUGGUAACGCAAUACACAUUGGGUCUCCUGCACAAUGUAUUCUGCGGCACAUGCGAAGCGCAACGGCGUGCACGGAAAAAACAAAUUGGCUCCAUUGUACCUGCGCAUCUUGAAAUCCCAGUCCGAGUGGCCAGACAAGGAUGAAUUCCUAGACGUGAUCUAUUGGCUCCGACAGUUAGUCGCUAUAAUAAUCGGCAUCAUUUGGGGCAUCUUGCCGCUGAAAGGCUUCCUGGGAAUCGUCUUGUUCUGCAUGGUGAAUACAGGAUUCGUAUACAUCUACGCUUCGUACUACCAACAGGUCGAUGAGUCUGAAUUCGGUGAAGGUUGGGAGUUCGCCAAGGAGGGAUUCAUGACAACGUUUGCCGGCUUCCUCGUGACGUGGAUAAUCGUUUACACCGGAAUUCACGCCAACGACUCCGCCUUCUAG